ACAGAGAUGAAAAUCUUCCGUCGUCUCCUUAACAACUUUCUUGUAAGAAAAUGAUAGCCAACGCCAUUCUCUCCUUCUCUUCUAAAUAUAUAUAUAAAAUACAAAAUUUUCAUAUCCAAAUUCAUUUUCUCUUGGCCUCUCUGUUCGAUACACAAAAUCCAUUCAUUUACACCACAGUCAUAUUUUAUAAUUGUUUAUACAUCUCAAUUCCAUUGAUAUUCAAAAACAGUACUUGGAAGAAGAGGAAAAGGAGGGCCUUUCAGCCCUCUCUUCUUGUUAUGCUUCCUCUCAGAUCUUAGAUUCUACUGCUUUCCCUUCUGGGGUUUUCCCUCCACUGAACGGAAAUGGAGGUUGGCAAGCUAUUCAUCGGUGGGAUUUCUUGUGGCACAAAUGAGGACCGUCUUAGAGAGUAUUUUGAAACUUUUGGGGAAGUUGUGGAAGCUGUGAUAAUGAAGGAUCGGACCACCGGUCGUGCACGAGGGUUCGGGUUUGUUGUUUUCGCCGACCCGGCUAUUGCAGAAAGGGUUGUUAUGAAAGAGCAUAUGAUAGAUGGUAGAACUGUUGAGGCAAAGAAGGCAGUUCCUAGGGAGGACCAGAACUGUCUCAACAAAAACAAUAUUAGCAUUCUUGGAUCAUCCGGUCUUCCUCACACAAAAAAGAUAUUUGUGGGAGGCUUAGCAUCCACUGUCACUGAGAGUGACUUUAAGAGGUACUUUGAUCGGUUUGGUACAAUUACUGAUGUUGUGAUGUAUGAUCACAACACUCAGAGGCCACGGGGUUUUGGUUUCAUAACUUAUGAUUCAGAAGAAGCUGUGGACAAAGUGUUGCAGAGAACAUUUCAUGAACUCAACGGGAAAAUGGUUGAGGUCAAGCGAGCUGUCCCGAAAGAAUCAUCUUUAGGUCUAAGUCGGAACCAGUUAGGUGGAUAUAAUCUUGGUCUCAGUAGAGUUAAUAGCUUCCUUAACGGUUACAUGCAGGGUUAUAAUACUAAUUCAGCUGGAGGUUAUGGCGUUAAAAUGGAAGGUAGAUAUAGUCCUGGUAAUAUUGGUCAGAGUAGAUUUUCUCCAUCGUGCCCUGCUUACGAAAUGGGACUGAAUUUUGAGUCAAAUUUUAGUCCAAUCUUUGGAUGGAAUUCAAACCUUGGUUCUAACCUGCGCCAUGGACGGGGAUUGAACACUUUAUGUAAUGAAAAUUUGAACCGGUUUGCCAGUCCUUUUGGGUAUGGUGUGGGAAGUGGAGUGCAUAGUUAUGUCUUAAACUCAGCAAGUCCAAAUAUUUGGGGAAAUGGAAGUCUUACCUAUGCUACGAACUCCACAAACUCUAGUCCAAUCGUGGGAUCUCGAAGUGGGAAAACAGGUGCGAGUUCUCUUGGCAGUAUUGGAACAUUUUGGGAUUCCUCUACUAACACAGGUCUGGGUGGAGGUGCUGCUUCUGCUUACGGCAAUCAUAGGUACGGAAGUGUAGAUUUUGGUGUUGCAUCCCAAGGAAUAGGCCAUGAGAGAACCGGUGAUACCCAGGUAUCAUUCCAUGGUGCCUCUAAUGGUGGUUAUGCUGAUUUUUAUGAAAAUGGUUCACUUCAUGGGGAUUCUACUUGGAGAUCUUUGCCCUUAGACCUUGAGCUUUCUAGUUCUUCCGAUUUUGGUCAGAGAAAUACAACAUCAGAUGUUAUAGCUAAUAACUCUGCUGGUUACAUCGGUGGUUAUAGAGUUACUAAUAGGUAGACAAAUGGGGGAAUUGCCACAUAAGUUGAUGGAGCGGGUGAAUGACCGGAUUUCGAGAUUUUCCCCAGCGAGACAUUUCGGUUCCACAUGAAAAUAUAAAGCUAAUCCGGUUUACCUGUCGUGAUCGACCUGUUAUAGAGACAGUUGCAUAGGAUUCAUGUACGUGCUGGAAGUUCUCUUUUUCAUUUUCUAGCUCAUGUUUUUUCCUUUAUUGGGAUC